UGGAAACAAGAAAUCAAGGGGCGGACACAAGGCUUGCAGGACCUAGCAGAAAGUCAGAAAGGAGUAGAAUUAUGAAACUGUAGAAAGGAAGGAAACCCAGGCCAGCAGAAUCACUCUCCUCAGCAUUUCACAGGCAUGCGCCGGGCCCCGCCCUUCGGAACAGAGGCCAGCUCCACUCAAAUCACAACUCACCUUGAUUACAGUUUGCCUGGAUUUAACUUGCUUGAGCACUUGCCCAGCCCUGCUGCUACCGCUGCUUCCCAGCCAGCAUUGUUUCAAACGUUCAAUGGAUUGAAGACGGCCCCCCACCCCCCUAGAAGAAAAGCAAUGUUUAAAAAGAAUACGGCCCCGAGAAGAACGCAGCAUGUGGGGGCGGGGCCUUCCACGGAGCAAUCCUACAUCUACAAGGUGGUUCUGCUGGGGAGCACGGCCGUGGGAAAGUCAAGCAUAGCCUUCCGCUAUGUGAAAAAUGACUUCAGGGAAUCCGUGCCCACUAUGGGAUGUUCUUUCUUCACCCAGCUGGUAUGUUUAGAGACUGCCACGAUUAAGCUUGAGAUUUGGGACACUGCAGGACAAGAGAAGUACCAUAGCGUUUGCCAUCUUUAUUACAGGGAGGCUAACGCUGCCCUUCUUGUAUAUGACAUUGCCAGAAAGGGAACUUUUGCGAGAGCAAAGCUAUGGUUGAGGGAAUUAGAGAAGGAAUUUCUUCCCGAUGAGCUCGUGAUUGUUUUAGUCGGCAAUAAGACAGAUCUUGCUGCUGAGCGGGAAGUCACCUUUGAGGAGGCGGAGGAGUUUGCAAAGAGCAAAAGCUUAAUCUACAUGGAAACAUCGGCAAAAUCCAACCACCAAGUGACCGAGGUGUUUAUGGCCAUAGCUCACGCGUUAUUGAAACAGGAACAACAGAAGGAACCAGCCCUGCGGCCUCAGCCCUGGAAGAAGUCACGCGUGGAUCUGCAAGAGACAAGCAAUCAGACUAAGAAGUGUUGCGUGAACUAAAGGAAGUGGCAGACUGACCUAGUGUUGCCAUCGAGUGCGUGUUUAUUUUGGGGGAGGGAAGGAAUGCUGGCCCUAUGUAUUGUGUGAAGUGCUGUUUUUGCCAAGGCAGCAUGGUUCUAGGGGGCAGCUUGUGUGUCAGACUGUGAUUAUUGCUUUUUUUAUUAUUAUUAUUGUCAGUGUUCGAUUGAAGAAUUGUACGAGAGGAGAUCUUGCCGAGUGCAAGGGACCUGAAAAGCACUGCAAGCCUCUUCUCGCUUGUGUUUGUUCAGUGUUAGCAUUAUACAAGAAUACAGUGUAAAGUAUCUUCACAAAUAAAAACAGCAAAAAGGAG